ACGCCAAGUAACAGCUGAUCGCAAGCUGUCAAGUUUGACAGCAACUUUUUAGUGCCGUUUUGCUGUCCUAUUCCAAAUCCAUUGCACAAGUAAAUUUGUUUUUAACCAGAAAUUUUGGAAAGCGUAUUGAAAGUUUUUGCCCUUCAAAACAACAGCAAGCUUCAAUAAAUCAUGGGCGGACACGGACACGGUGAACCCUACAAAGUGCCAGAUCCAUCAAUCUACAAAGUGGAAACCAUUCCGAAGCUACGUGAGGUGCAAGAAGCGCUGGCACGUCAAGGAUUGAAAGAUCCAUGGUUAAGAAACGAAGUAUGGCGUUAUGAACCAAGCAUUAUGGGCACACACGCAAGCCGUGCACGCGCCUUUUUCCUGCGCGGCCUCUUAUGGGGUGCAAUAGCUGCUGGCGUACACAUUGGUUGCGAAUAUGCUUUCAGUUCAAAAGAUGAUCACGGUCAUGGACAUGGCCACGAUGAGCACGCUGAAGGUCAUCAUUGAGCACCUCGUCGCUGUUUCUAUGUCUCAUAGUAAAAUGGUUGAAUUUCAUGUGUGUUUCCACUGAUACGCGAUAAACGCAUCGUACCAAAUAAAGCGCUUAGCAUAAAUUAUUA